UUCCCACAUUUUUUAACGCUGCAGGUCGUGCUUCUCUGUCCUCCACACCGCCACCUUCUGUUAUCGCUUUAAACUGCAAGACUCUCACCCGUUAUCUAUUUCUUCGGUUAAAAGUUGAGCAAUGACUCGCCUAUUUCGAUCCAAAUCUUGCGGACUCGUGGGACUCACUGAGUUCAACUCGGACCCUGUGAGUCCAUUUUACAACAACGAGGACGAGCAAGACGAGGACGGUGAAGAGGAAGAGGAAGAGGAAGAGGAAGAUGAACAACUUGAAGACGAGGAUUACGGUGAUGAUGUUUUGGUCGAACCCAUCUCGACCACCCCGUUCAUAACUCCGGGGUCGAGGACUGGUGAUGAGAGUAGUGAAGGUCGACAACAUUGUAAUGGCGCUCAGUUUCCAGUGCUGGAUAUUCUGGUCGCGGCGCUGAGGAAGUCGCUGCUGGUGACAUGUAGUGUGGAGAGGGAGGAUGUUUCAUCCGUGGACAUUAGCUGGCCGACCGAAGUGAGGCAUGUUUCGCAUGUGACUUUUGAUAGGUUCAAUGGCUUUCUGGGGUUGCCCACUGAGCUUGAGCCUGAGGUUCCCAAAAGGGUGCCUAGCGCCAGUGCAAGUGUUUUUGGAGUUUCUGCAAAGUCGAUGCAGUGUUCAUAUGAUGCCAGAGGGAAUAGUGUUCCGACAAUUCUUCUUAUGAUGCAAAAGAGACUGUAUUCAGAAGGAGGCCUAAGUGCCGAAGGAAUAUUCCGCAUAAAUGCUGAGAAUAGCCAAGAAGAAAAUGUUCGAGACCAGCUAAACAAAGGUGUAGUUCCACGUGGAAUUGAUGUUCAUUGCUUAGCAGGCUUGAUAAAGGCAUGGCUUAGGGAACUUCCAACAGGGGUGCUUGAUUCUGUCACACCAGAACAGGUGUUGCACUGUAAUACAGAGGAUGAUUGCGUUGAACUCAUAAAAUUACUACCUCCAACAGAAGCUGCCUUGCUUGACUGGGCCAUCAAUUUAAUGGCAGACGUUGUGCAGCAUGAACAGUUCAACAAGAUGAAUGCACGCAAUAUCGCCAUGGUUUUUGCACCCAACAUGACUCAGAUGGCAGAUCCUUUGACUGCAUUGAUUCAUGCAGUGCAAGUUAUGAACUUUCUUAAGACACUCAUUCUCAAGACCAUACGAGAAAGAGAGAAAUCAGUUGACCAGGAUAGGCGGCUCUCUUCAUAUUCAGAUCUUCGCAGCCACAAUGAUGACCCAGUUUCUUCAAAUUUGGUUAGGGAAGCAUCAAGUGAGCAACCUUCAAAUACUUGUCCCACCCAUGGACGUAACAACAGUAACUUCUUGAGGACUACCACUUUGAACAGGCUGGAAUCUGACACCAUGGAGAAACUUUGGAGCUUUGAAAAGAAUAGUAAUGGGGAAGAGGCACUUGAAUACAUGUCCAGUGACAACUCACCUACUUAUGAAAUGGGAGAUUUAGAAAACAGAAGUAGAAGCGGAUAUGAUUCCGGCGACUGGCUAAAUUUGAGAAAAGGAGUGCGAAAGCUAUGCAGGCAUCCCGUGUUCCAAUUGAAUAAGCCAGCAAAGAAGAAUGGAAGUCUUGGAAUUGUAAAUACUAGAGGAGGAGGUGGAGAAGCUUGGGCUUAGAGUGGUUCCUGCCUUAAGAGGUAGUUUGCAUGUUGUUAAGCUCUCGUUUGUGUAACAUUGUAAUAGCAUAGAUGUCUGUGUCUGCUUUUGUAGUAAGAUCGCUGCAGGUACUAACUAAAGCUAUAGCCUAAUCGACAGUGAUUUCUGAGGGGAGCCUCCUCGCCUUGUAUGAUAUGUAAAGACUUUUUGUAUCUUUUAUAACAAUGUCAAAAGGUUUGAUGGAA